AUGACUUUUACGCUCUGUGCUAAAAAGUUUGUUUACGAUUAUAAUAUUGAUGGCACUGCUGUUCAGCGAUCCACUACUGUGAAAGACCCCGUGGUGAUAUAUGAUUGUCAAUUCAACUUUAAAGACCACGUAGAUUGCAUUGUUUCAAAAGCCAGGAAAUUGAUGGGCUUUAUUAUCAGGAACUGUAAAGAAUUUAAUAUUACGUCUCUUACGGCACUUUUUAACGCCUUAGUAAGAUCUAGGUUGGAAUAUUGCUCCUUGGCCUGGUUCCCUUAUUACCAAAAUCAGAUCUUAUCUCUAGAAAAAAUUCAGCAGAAAUUUUUGAAAUAUUUGUAUUUCAAAGAAGAGAAAAGAUGGCCAGGUAGAAACCAAGCAUAG